ACGCGCCUGGAAACGGCCUCCAUUGCAGAUCAUGGUGGUAGUAGCAAAUAGUGGUGGAUUGGCCCUUUCGAGAGGCCAAUAUUUAGCCGACAAUCAACAACAAACAUAGAAGUGACGAAAAUAAUCGAAACAAACAACUACGACGGCCGAAAACAGUUUUAACGCAAUGUAAUUUCUGACCUGUACUUCUAUUAACAAAGCGAAGCGCGUGUAGAGUGCGGGAGUAGCCAUUGGAGUCUCCCGUAUGUAGCCAGUCGUUGGCUGCGUGAUGAAACUAUGAGAUCUGACAAGUCCAAUCCAAAGCUUUUACCACUAGUGUUACCGAUAGCUUGCCACGCCUUGAAAUUGUUGUGACUUUGUCGCUAAAUCUACUAGUUUGUACUGCAAGAGCGUUGAAGUCCCUGCCACACGCGUACGUUUCUUUCUCUUCCAACUUGUCUCGCAAAAAAAAAUACUGCAAGUCGCACGCGCGUUUUCUUACGUGUGACACCGCCUUGUUUUAUUUGUCUCAAAGUUUCAUGAAAAGUAGAACUCACUACUACUUUCCGGAACAAAUGUCUUCAAGUCACAUGACAUGACGCGUAAGACUUGCAAUGAUUGUUUUGCGAGACCAUUUAAUUUUUGGGAAUAUUGGAUAGACAGACGGACAGACAGGAACAAAUAAAACAGAUUGACGGGCGGAAAGAAAAACAAUCAAACAGACUGAAGAAACGGUCGACUGAUUGGAAGACAGGCUCAUGCAAGGUGCACAAAGAAGUUGGAAAAAUCUCAGCGAAUCAGAGAAUAGCGCGCGCUUUUUCAAUCCGUGUCGUCACAGCCAGGCUACAGAAUAUUGUCCUGACAACAACCCAAAUAUACAGCUCAAGGUCUCUCCUUGAGUAGAACUUAUCCUGAAAUCAAAGAAAGAAAAGAUAAUUACAAAUUGGAGUAAUGAAAUAUUGGUUCGCUUGGAUAAUCGUAGCAUUUCUUUUCUGGAAUGUGGAACUGGUUGGGCAGGACGGAGGAAAAACGGAACUCUGGUUUCGAUGGACUUGUGUGUCGCGGUACGUUUUGUAUUUCGUCAAGAGACUCGCUAAGAUCGUCUGCUGGACGCUGUACUUUUUGGCUUUGAACAAAUACAUCAAGUAUACACAGGGGUGGUGGCUACAGUGGAGGAUCGCGAACAAGCCUGGUUACGACCCGAGGGCAGCUCUAAUGGGCGGCAGCCGAAGACUUAUGCCAGAGAGUGAAUUCUACACACAUCCCAAGAGCGAUAGCACCAUGUUCGUACCAGUCCACUCUACACCUAGCGCCACAGCAAGCCCACCAGCCGGGAGCAUCACCAUGACGACAUACUUGCACUUCUGGAUAACCGUUAUAAGAUUGCCAUGUCCUGAAAUAUUCAAUCACAGCGGUUUUUCAUCACGUGCGCAUGCUCUCUGCACUUCUCUAGUACGUUUCGGUAUGGUUCCUACUUCUGAUGUCAUCACCUUUGUUGCCAUAGACAAUGACUGCUGCCUGUUUGAGGGCGAAACUUUCUGGACCUUUGGUACGCGACUGCUGACCCUUGUGGUGCGGACUGAAGGCGCACGGAUCUGCUUCUUUUCUACUGGCGCCAAAGAGAAAAGUGCCAAGCAAAAAACCCCUUUUAAAGUUUUACCGGGCUCAACAUUUACCCUCAACAGAUUUAUAGAAAACAAAAAGCGUUGCGAUAGUAUUUCUGAGGUCGUGCCGGGAAUGGACCUCACAAAACGUGUUCACGAUAAAGUGGAGUGUUUCGAGGACAUGUGUGAUGUCCCUAGGAGGGACUAUAUCACACCGGUGCUUUGCUGCGGAGGUGCUGCACUUGGCAUGUACAUUAUCUACAGAUUUUUCAGGCGCUGACCUUGAUGCUACUCUCUUUUGGAUUGCUGAUUGUCUAUUCUAUCUUAUGAUUACCUAUGAAUAAAAAAUGUUUUUGCCGUG